AUGGAUGUUAGUGUGCUGCGAGAGGAUAUCCAAGAAGCACUGCAGGCUAAGUUUCCUGGUGAGACAUGUGUCCAGAUAGCCAAAAGUGUGUGUUACAGAGGCACCAAGUACACUAGUGGAAUGAUCCUGGCUUAUGGUUCCACUGGUGGUCUACCAGAUUUUGGGGAGUUGAUCCAGAUUGUGGUUUUGAAAGGCAAUGUGGGAUUCAUAGUGAAAGGUUACCUAAUGUCACAACCGUCUCAACUUCGAGUGAUCCUUGCAGAUCAUGAUGUCCGUAAAGUUGUACUACCAUCUGGAAUCCCAGAAACGGUGGAUGACCUUUAUUCAGCCAUCCGUGAUACCUUUUCCAUUACAAGAGACUUCUGUCUUCACUAUAAAGAUGCUGAUUUUGGUGAUGAGUUUUUUACCCUUGUUUCGACAACUGACCUUAAGGACAAGGACACAAUCAAGAUUGUGUUUCUCCAGGACCAGGAGCCUACAAUAACCUUGACCUUAAGUGAUGUGACCAACGUGACUGAUAAUCCAUCUGAGGAGGACUCUCUUGACACCUCAUCUGUGUCAACUAAUGACACUCUGAUUCUUUCCGCAUCUGAAGAUAGUCCAGGGCACCGUUACCAGCGCUGGCCUGUUCAGUUUCAGAUUCCCAGCUUUUCUGACCUCACAGAGAUCCAAAUUCGGUCAGCCAACGAGCGCUUCCAAAAAGAUGGGACUCUUCUCCCUACAAAAGAUUUAAUUCCACUGCUUCCUGACAUCCUUAGAAAACUAGCAGAAGCUAUUUAUAAGUAUACUGCUUAUCCAUCCAGUCUGCAGAUCAGUGAGGUUGCAGAGGCCCUGACUCUAAAGCAUCCCUGCCUGAAAGAACCAGGGUCCUUCAAUGGAUGCUAUGGGUGGGCGCAGCGUCUAAAGUACAAGAUGAACAAUUUCAGAAGCAAGCUUAGAGGUCUCGGCUGCCCUGAAGUUGAAGUAAACUCACUUAAGAGGAAAAUGACAUGUGACCAAUACCCGGCAAAGAAUGUCAAAAAACCAAAGAAGGCUGAGGUGAACUACCUACCCCCUCAUGUUCAAGGUGAAACUAGUGAAAGUUUGGAAAAAGAGAGAAUCAAGCUACUGAGUGAAGUGAUGAAAAGGGACAACUCCAGAGUGGUAGCUCAGAAAAUGGACAAGACGUUCAGCCUUCGUCGGGAGGAAAUAGUGAAAGAGGCCCCUGCCAUCAGUGACUUCAUGAAGCGCUGGCCUGCUCUUUUUAGCGAGGUACAGAUAUGUGAAGAAUUUAAGAGGAUAACAACAGUCAGCCUUGAAUCAACUUUUCUGGCCAGGCUUGACCAAUGCACCCCAAAACUGAUGGCCUUGACUCUGUCAAAAGGAGGAGCUGCAGGUCUGAGGAUGAGGCAGAUUAAGGACAUGCUUCUGCAGGACAACACAGUUGAAAAGCGCAGAGAAAUUGCUAUUCGCUGCCUCAUAGUCUAUCUUGGAGAGAAGGAGGAGGAUCUUUUCAAACAGUACAGCGUAAAGUGUAGGGAACCAGCAGUGAGUGAUGGGGAAAAGAAGAAGCCAGCAGCAGUCCUUGAUUACAAUAGGUGUAAAGGUGGAGUGGAUAACCUAGACAAGGUUGUUGGCACCUACAGUUGUCGGAGGAAAACCGGUCGCUGGCCACUGGCUCUGUUCUACAAUCUUCUGGACGUCUCAGCAUACAAUGCCUUUGUCCUGUGGAAAGCAGUGCAUCCUGAGUGGGAGUCCACCAAGACCCACAAAAGAAGGGUGUUCCUGGAGGAGCUGGGCCACAUGCUGGUGACUCCAGAAACUGCAAGACGGCCUUGUGCCCCACGCUCGAAAGCAGCCGCUGCUAUUGUUGCUGACAUACAGCAGUCAGGAUCAGAAUCAGAGUAUGACCCACAGCCCAUCAACAAAAUGAGGAAAAGGUUUCUUGAUGAUAUCUGGGAGUGUGGCAGCCGCCGCCGCCCCAGCAGGGGGUAA